AUGGAAAACUUGAUAGCAUUGGUGAAUAGAUUACAGCAAGCUUGUACCGCCUUGGGCGAUCACGGCGAGGACUCCGCUUUGCCUACUCUUUGGGAUGCCUUGCCUUCCAUCGCCGUCGUCGGUGGCCAGAGUUCUGGCAAGUCUUCAGUGCUUGAGAGCGUUGUUGGAAGGGAUUUUUUGCCUCGUGGAUCUGGUAUUGUAACCCGGCGACCACUUGUCUUACAACUUAACCGCAUUAGUGAAGGCAGAGAAUAUGCAGAGUUCGGUCACCUUCCCAGAAAGCGGUUCACUGAUUUUGCUGCCGUAAGAAAAGAGAUUUCUGAUGAAACUGACAGAGAAACAGGUCGAACCAAGCAUAUAUCUAGUGUCCCAAUCUAUCUCAGCAUUUACUCCCCAAAUGUGGUGAACUUAACACUCAUUGAUCUUCCCGGACUUACCAAAGUGGCUGUUGAGGGUCAGCCUGACAGCAUUGUUCAGGACAUUGAAAAUAUGGUGCGGUCAUAUAUCGAGAAGCCCAAUUGUAUUAUCCUUGCCAUUUCUCCAGCAAACCAGGAUCUUGCUACAUCAGAUGCAAUCAAAAUUUCACGUGAAGUAGAUCCAAGAGGGGAGAGGACAUUUGGUGUUCUUACAAAAAUUGAUCUCAUGGACAAGGGUACUGAUGCUGUUGAUAUCUUGGAAGGGAGAUCUUACAAGCUACAGUUUCCAUGGAUUGGUGUCGUUAAUCGUUCCCAAGCCGAUAUUAAUAAAAGUGUUGACAUGAUUGCUGCUAGGCGUAGAGAGAAAGAGUAUUUUGCUAAUACACCUGAGUACAAGCAUCUUGCUUCAAGGAUGGGUUCUGAGCACCUUGGGAAAGUCCUUUCAAAACAUUUAGAGGCUGUCAUCAAGUCUCGAAUUCCUGGUCUUCAAUCACUGAUUAACAAAACUAUCAAUGAACUAGAAUCAGAGUUGAGCCGUCUUGGGAAACCAAUUGCCACGGAUGCGGGUGGAAAGCUGUACAUGAUUAUGGAAAUCUGCCGAUCUUUUGAUGGGAUAUUUAAGGAACAUCUUGAUGGAGUUCGACCUGGUGGUGACAAGGUGUACAAUGUUUUUGACAAUCUACUGCCUGCUGCGUUGAAAAGGUUGCAAUUUGACAAGCAUCUUUCAAUGGACAAUGUAAGAAAGCUUAUUACCGAAGCUGAUGGUUAUCAGCCUCAUCUUAUAGCACCAGAACAGGGAUACCGUCGUCUGAUUGAAUCCACUUUGGUUACCAUAAAAGGUCCUGCUGAGGCUUCCGUUGAUGCGGUGCAUGGUAUACUAAAGGAUCUGGUGCACAAGGCAAUUAGUGAAACCCAUGAAUUAAAACAAUAUCCAUCACUCAGGGUGGAGGUUUCCAGUGCUGCUGUUGAAUCUUUGGAAAGAAUGAGGGAUGAGAGUAAGAAAGCAACAUUGCAGCUGGUUGAGAUGGAAUGCAGUUACCUCACUGUGGACUUCUUCCGGAAACUUCCUCAAGAUAUCGAGAAGGGUGGAAAUCCAACACAUUCAAUUUUUGACAGAUACAAUGAUUCAUACCUCCGACGAGUAGGAUCAAAUGUCCUCUCUUAUGUCAACAUGGUCUGCGCAACGUUGAGGAAUUCCAUCCCGAAAUCCAUCGUUUACUGUCAGGUUCGCGAGGCCAAACGUAGUUUGCUUGAUCACUUCUUUACUGACUUGGGCAAGAAGGAGGGGAAACAGCUGGUGCUACUUUAUAUUUUGAGUCCAAUCUUAUUUUUGAAUGAACAGAUAUUCUGGGACGAUGAAAACAGUGUAUUUAAAGAGGAAUAUGGUCAGCCUUCUCCCUUGCUAAUAUGGCGGCUUCCCAGCUCCCGGAUGAGACCCUUUUCAUCUUUGGGUCCUAUUCUCAAGAAGCUAAAAGAUUUUGCAGUGGAAUCUUCCAAGAUUGAAUGGGUUUCUAGCUUUGGUGGGUUGGGAAAUGGAAUAGAGUCUUUGCCAACUGAUCUUGUGUGGGGAAAAGAAGGUGCGUAUUUAAAGAAUGGAGCAUUAGGUGUGGCAUUGAUGAGUGUGACGUCAACGGCUAAGGUUAAAAUCAGUCCAUUUGUGGCUACUUUAGCUGCCAACCCAACUUUUGUUUCGGCCCUUUUUGCUUGGGUGAUAGCCCAAUCCAGUAAAGUUUUCUUGAAUUUUUGGGUGGAGAGGAAAUGGGAUUUCAGGAUUAUGGUUGCCUCUGGUGGUAUGCCAUCAUCUCAUUCUGCACUGUGUACUGCUUUGACUACUUCAGUGGCCAUUUGCCAUGGAGUGGCCGAUUCUUUGUUUCCGGUCUGUUUGGGGUUUAGUUUGAUUGUCAUGUAUGAUGCAAUUGGUGUCAGAAGGCAUGCUGGAAUGCAGGCAGAGGUACUGAAUGUGAUCAUUGAAGAUUUGUUCCAAGGUCAUCCUAUUAGUCAGAGAAAGCUUAAGGAGCUUCUUGGACAUACUCCAUUGCAGGUGGUUGCUGGGGCUUUGCUUGGGAUUCUUGUUGCUUGGUUCUGUUGCCAGGGUUGUGGUGCAAUCUCAGUCUGA